AUGGUUGGAAGCAAAUGCACGAGAAGCAAAACCGCCACGAUGAAGCAAUCCGUGACGGAUCCAAGCCACCAAGAUGGCGCAGCGUCGAGCCAUCCUUUGUGCUUCACCGCCAUCGUCUCAUACCGAGCCACCACUGUGGACGCUCCACCUUUUGGCCUCGCCGCCGAGUCACAGCUCACGGCAUCGUGCCCUUUCGAGGCAAGCACCACCUUACUACCGCUUGACCAUGUGGCAGAAACACCCGUGCUGCCUCAAGGUCCCGUGACCCGAACAACUGAGUUGUCACAUGAUCUAGCACCUGCCACCCUCCACAGUCUAGCGCACGGAACAACCUUAUUCCUGCAAGCUUUCUCCAUCGGGUCCGACGCUUUCCACCAUGACGAAGCUGUGACACACGACACCACUGCACUCCAUCCUAAUACCACCGUACUUAGCCAUAUAGCCGCCACUACCUACGACUCGACCGUGGAGCAAGUGCAACCAUUUCCUCCUUGGCCUCCGUGCUCGAUGUACACUCAUGUGUACACCUCCAACGAAACCCUAGCCCGUGUGCAUUUGGGCUCCGAGCAAAUCUCUCCUCCGAGUCCACGAAGUCAAGUAGACCUCAUUCUUAGAGUUGACCAGCUAACCCAGAGAAUGGAUGACCAAAAUGACUUGGUGAGACAGCUCUUCAACCAAAUAGACUUGGUCCAAAACCUUGGCCUUGGACCUCAAAGAGAGUAG